CUGAGAGUCAAUGCUGCGCGUAGUGGGGGAACGAAGAGGCGAGGAGAGAGACGCACGAGCAGACUGGGAAAUAUCGAUGACUUUUCUUCCCACGACACAAGCCUCUGCUCCCUUCUCUCUUACCCCUGUUAUGUGAGGGGAUUUCAGCUCAGGUCCUUGAGAACAGCACGGAAAACAAGAACCUUGCGGGCUUCACUCGGGGACUUCAUCAACUGAGUGCAGAGAUUUCUUAGAGGGGAGCGACGGUGGUGGAAAGGGAAUUUGCGAAAGGAAAAAAAGAAGUUUGCUCUUCUGGAGAAAGUUGGCUCCCCUCUCCCAGUCUUUUUUUUUUUAAACAAGUCUCGAAGCUCAACCCAGAGUGCGCUGCAGUACCUCUGUUGCUGCCCCUUUUGAUGUGGGGGCUCGCGUCCGGGAUGCGGGGCGCUUCCCCGCUGUAGUGAGCAGCUUCUCGCCUCCAGACCGAUCCCUUCGUCAAUCCCGCCCCACAGAGAGAGACUGACAGACGUCUAGGCAGAAAGGCAGACUCACCAGCGCGCACCCUGGAAGGCCAAACGGGGCAAACGCACGUGGAUGUGUUUGUGUGUGUGUUCUGGGCUGGCAAGGGGGGCGAAGGUGACACCACAGUGGCCUGCAGAGGUCCGGAUGAAGCCGGGCUCGGGUGCAACAUUGGACUAGAAGCGGCAUACCUGGAACUUGCAACAAUCUCUUCGUACUUCCGCAGAAGUGGUUUUUGGAUCUUCCCCCUCGACCCUCACUCAUUCUGCCCCUUCGUUUCUCCCCCACCCUCCAACCUGGGCAACUGGGGGAGCCUAGGAGGACCAUGCGAGAUAAAGACUGAGGUCCAGGAAGGGGAAGAGAGCCGGUAGCAGAGGGGAGGGUGGAGGGGGGAUAAUCACAGAAAGUGUCACGAGCGGCUCCCCCCUCCUCCUCCUCCACUUCUUCUUCUUCCUCCUCCUCCUCCUUCUUCUCGUUCUCCUCGUCCUCCUCGGUUCCAUUUCCCAAGUGGGAGUCCAACGGGGGGCCAGCGGGAGCAGCACGGCAAGGGGGGCCCCGGGCGGGCAGGCGGGGGAUGCCGCUGCUGGGGAGGAGAGUGCAGUGGCUAUGCUGGUGGUGGGGGCUCCUGUGCGGCUGCUGCUGCCCCCCACCAGUGCUGCCCCUCCUGCCCGCCGCGGCCGCAGCCGCCACUGGAGGGGCGCUGCUUGGGAACAGCAGCGGGAAGAGCAAUAGCCCCGGGGAGCAGCAACAGCCGCUGCAGCAGCCGACACCGCAGCCGCCCUCCUCUUCCUCUUCUUCCCCCUCCUCUGGUUUCCUCUACCGGAGGCUCAAGACACAUGAGAAACGGGAGAUGCAGAAGGAGAUUUUGUCUGUGCUGGGGCUGCCCCACCGGCCCCGGCCUCUCCACGGAUUACAGCAGCAGCAGCCGCCGCCACCUCUGCAGCCCGAGCAUCGCGGGGCGCUGCCGUCCUCUCCGCCCCCGCCCCCGCCAGGGAGACUAAAGUCGGCUCCCCUCUUCAUGCUGGAUCUGUACAAUGCCCUGUCCGCAGACGAGGGCGAAGAGAGGGGAGAGGAGGAGGAGAAGCAACAGCCCCCGCCCCAAGGAGGGGGCGACCGAAGGGGUUGGUCCCAGCAGCGGCUGCCGGCCAGCCGGCCCCUGGCUCCGAGCGCGGCGGCGCAUGCCCUGCAUCGCAAAAGUCUCCUCGCCCCGGGUCCUGGCGGCAGCGGUGGAGCGUCCCCGCUAGCCAGCGCUCAAGACAGCGCCUUUCUCAACGAUGCUGACAUGGUCAUGAGCUUUGUGAACCUGGUGGAGUAUGACAAGGAGUUCUCCCCUCGCCAACGCCAUCACAAGGAAUUCAAGUUCAACUUAUCCCAGAUUCCUGAGGGAGAGGCUGUGACGGCUGCUGAGUUUCGAAUCUACAAGGAUUGUGUCAUGGGGACCUUUAAAAACCAAACUUUUCUUAUCAGCAUUUAUCAAGUCUUACAGGAGCACCAACACAGAGAUUCUGACCUGUUUUUGCUGGAUACCAGAGUAGUAUGGGCCUCAGAAGAAGGAUGGUUAGAAUUUGACAUCACUGCUACCAGUAAUCUGUGGGUGAUGACUCCACAGCAUAACAUGGGACUCCAGCUGAGUGUGGUGACCAGAGAUGGCCUCAAUGUCAACCCAAGAGCUGCUGGUCUGGUGGGCAGAGAUGGCCCUUAUGACAAACAACCCUUUAUGGUAGCAUUCUUCAAAGUGAGUGAGGUUCACGUCCGCACCACAAGAUCAGCAACUAAUCGACGCAGGCAACAGAGUAGAAAUCGUUCCACUCAGUCGCAGGAUGUCUCCAGGGUUUCCAGUGCCACCGAUUAUAAUAGCAGUGACUUAAAAACAGCCUGCAGAAAGCAUGAACUUUAUGUGAGCUUCCAAGACCUGGGAUGGCAGGAUUGGAUAAUUGCACCAAAAGGAUAUGCAGCCAAUUACUGUGAUGGAGAAUGUUCCUUUCCUCUCAAUGCACACAUGAAUGCAACAAACCAUGCAAUUGUACAGACUCUAGUUCACUUGAUGAAUCCUGAUUACGUUCCUAAACCAUGUUGUGCACCUACCAAGCUAAAUGCUAUUUCAGUGCUUUACUUUGAUGACAACUCCAAUGUCAUCUUGAAAAAAUACAGAAAUAUGGUGGUGAGAGCUUGUGGAUGUCAUUGACCUGAAAGCCAAAAUCUCACCUGGUAAAAACCCUAUGAAAUUCCGUCCUGGAUUCCUAGGUGACAUCUGCUGUGAGAAAAGCUACAGAGGCAUGGCUGAAUUUGAGUAAAUUGUCAAACAAUUCCAUGUUGGUGCCUUAUGCAAAAAAAAAAAAAAAAGAAGAAUUAAAGGACUUUUUAAUUGAUAAAUUGCUCACUGGAUAAAUAAUGUGAGUAGGCGCUGGUUGGAGGAAGCUUAGUAUGGGGGUAACAAGAUGAUAGGAGGAUUUGUUAACUACAGAAAUAUGUUUGAAGUAUUUUCCCAAAGAAAAGUCUGCCAAAAUUAGUUUGUUUUAGCUUGGAUCAAGCUAUUCAAGAGUGAAGAGUGAAACUUAGGGGAAAUAAAGCUAUUAUUGGUUGUGUAAUGUCAAUGUGAAUAUCAGUCUGUCGAAGGUAAAUGUUACAAGUAAAUAAGCUUGGGGACAAAUUUUACAGGCAAAUCAUUGGUCUUAGGGUUCAUUUAUGACAAAAAAAAUUAGACUAAUACCCCUAGGCAUAUCCUAGGGCUUCAGGAAGUGCCUUGUUUUAAAGAAUAAUUGCUAUACAUGUGUGUUGAAGCUUUGCUGGUAUGAGAAUACACUUAUUUCAGUCAAAGUAAACUUUUUUUUCCAUGCCUCAAUCCUCCUACUAGAUCUCUUUUCCCUUAGGUCUGAGCAUACACUGAAUUUAUAUAUGUUAAGUACUAAGCACUUGGCCCAUCUUCCUUUGAGGUGAGUCUGGACUGGGGGGGAUGUACUUUUAACAGUUGUCUUCUUGACAGACUGUAUAACUUGUAAAAACAGUGUUAUACCCCACCUUUUAGGAGCUCCUGUUUGAAAAUUACAGCAAAUGACAGAAAACUGAAUCUAGCAAUCCACCUAUGUCAGCAAAGUAGGUUUGCUGUUUUUUUUCCCCUCCUCUUAUUAUGGCAUACAUUAUCCCAGAAUAAAAAAAAAUGUAAAAGGUGAAAUUGAAAGUCUGUAGAGAAGUGAACAGAAGGUACCCUCAUACUUCAUAAAGUGGGUUGGGUGAUUACACUGUUUAAGAAAAGGAACCACAGUCUCAGGUAGAGGUGGUCAAGCUCAGAUUAAAUCUUAGAUUAUUUUUUAAACAUCUGUUUUUGGGCAACCAUGUAAUAAGAAAUCUAUUUCAUGCUAAACUGGUUAAACAAUACAUUUAUGAUCUAUAACUAUUUGCACUUACAGUUUUUUGUAAAUAUAAACUAUAAUUUAUUGCCAUUAUUUUAUAUCCAUUUUUGCUGUAUCAUUUAAAGAAAGACUAGACUUUAAAAAAAAAGAGUUUAUUUAGAAAGUUUCAUUGUAAACAAAUUGUACCACUUUGAUUUUUAAUACAAGAUACUCAUGAUGCAAAGCUCCAGCCAUUCAUGAGGAUUGUGCUUCUCUAGACAGUUUUUAAAAACCAUUUGUGAACCAACCAUGUGUGUUUAAUAAAGAUUUCCUUAGGCAGAGA